AUGUCGGGUGCUAAUGUGGCUUCCAAAGCUGACGCCAAGCUUUCACCGGGACUUCCUGAUUCCGCCCCCCACACCUCUCCCCCACCUUACAACACCCUUUUGCAAUCUCAACCUCCCCCUCCCCCUCCUCAGGAUGCCCCCACCCCGGGAUACAGCGAUUCCUUUUCUACGGUUGUGCAUUCGGGAACAGCCACUUUGCCCCGGCUUGGAGGGGCUGCUACUCUCCCCAGGCCUCCCCCCACGUCAGCCACCCUCCCGCGCCCACCCCGCCACCAUUCUGCCACCCUGCCGCGCCUCCCCCCUGACCCCUACAUGCAGGAAACUCAGUUCAACGGAGCUGCCCAGGGCUAUGUAGUGCAGACACAUCCGCCUGUCGGGACCCUUCCCAUCGGAGGAUACAUGCACCCAGGGUAUCCAGUUCAGCUACAGCCUUGUACGGCGUAUGUGCCAGUCUACCCUGUAGGAGCGGUGCGGACUGCAGUUGCCCGCGGCGACAUCGUAUCGGCCGAAAUUGCCUCCCGGGAGGCCCGCAACUUCUCCUUCAUCAGCCUGGCAGUGGGCAUCGCCGCCAUGGUCCUGUGCACCAUCCUUACCGUGGUGAUCAUCAUUGCCGCUCAGCAUCAUGACAACGACUGGGACCCCUAGCGACUAAGCGCCUCUCUUCGGCCUACUCCUGCACCCUGGCAACUGGUCACAACCGCCCUGGCAAUAGCCACUCCCCCCACACACACACCCAGGGGAUGGUCCUUGGCAACUACUUCCCCUCCUUCUCCCCUGUCUUCUCCCUUGCCGACGACACUCGGAAUGCUUGGCAACCCUUCUCCGCCCACUCCCAUCGUCCUUGGCUGUUGUUGGCCUUGCUAGCCGUACCGACUCAGCAAAAUGACUUCCAGGUGACGCCAUUCAGACAUGCUCCAUAAGCUAAGGCUCCUAGCGAAAUUACUUGUCCUCCGCCCGUUCCUUUCCCAGAAUACGUUGCUUGCUUCCUUCCUUCCUGAGGAGUAGGCUUCGCCUUCUGUGACCAAGAAAUAACCAUCUUCCUCCCGCUGUGUUUGCAUGCCUAGUGCCGCCCUUGUGUGGACCGGGACGCCAGUGCAGUCCUGGUUAAAGCCCUGUCUCUUGUGCCCCCACCGUUCUUUCCAUCGGCUGCUUCCCUCCCUCCAUUUUUUGCAAUAGCUAGAGGCACCCAGUAUUCGGAGAGCCCGAUUGGCUGUCUUUAUCCUGUUUUAUCUGAGGCGAGAAAGGAAACUGUUGCUUUCAAGCCAAGGGAAACAAAUCACCAUCUGUAACUAGGGAGGGCAUAUAUUUUCAUACGCUGUUUAGCGAUGUUGCAUGCAAGGUAUAAUCCACAGCCUGUUUUUUUUUGUUUUUUUUUAAGUUCUAUUUUUCAGGGCUUAAGCAUCCUUCUUUUUAUACCUUUCAUUUUGCACCGCCAUUCUAACAUUUCUUCCUUGGAGAAGACUGUGAAAGUUAUUAUUUU